UGUUUUCGUAGCCCCGUUGGAGUCCUCGAAUUAUCGUCUCCAUCUGGACUCAAUCACCAGAGUUCUCAUCCUCUUCCGUUCCCCGCCGGCGAAUCGGCGAUCUUUCCUCUCCUACUAGAUUUCGGUUCUUCUGAAUCCAUUUCUUAUCUUUAACUGAUUUUCCGGCGGAUUACCUUAGCGUAAUCCGUUUAAUUUUAUUUACAUUUUCACACUUGAGCUGAAUCUGAUUUGCUCACUUAUCUGUGGAUGUCGAUUUCAGUGUUCGAAUUUUGUUGAUAUAUUGUGAAUCGGUGAAUAGAUUUGAGUGAAUAUGAUGGGGUAUGAGAAUCAGGGCUUCGAGGAGGCCCAUCUAUAUGCAUCGAAGGAAGAAAUGGAGUCUCUCGUCCUCGACGACGAUCCGGAUGGCUCCUCCAACGGCCGGAAGCCGUUCUCCGACCCGUUAUCAGCUUCAUCCUUGCCUUUCGCUGAAAUUGCUACCGACGACGAUCCCCUGCACCCUCGCCCGAGUCAAAGUCAAAACCCUAACUCCUUCAAUUCCAUCCUCGAGCCUCCGUCUUAUGCUGACGCCAUUUUCCGGUCCUUUGACGCCGACCAUACUUUGCCGGAAGUUAACGGGCAUGACCAGUCCGGCGCAUCGCCUUCGUCGUCUUCGUCAACGCCAAUGUCCGAGUACCUUCAUAUCACUGUCUCCGAUCCGCAGAAGGAGCAGGAGCUCACGAAUUCGCUUGUUCCGGGAGGGAGUACUUACGUUACCUACCUAAUUACUACGAGGACGAACUUACCUCACUUCAGCGGAACCGAAUUUAGCAUCCGAAGGAGAUUCAGGGACGUGGUGACAUUGUCAGACCGGUUAUCAGAAGCGUAUCGAGGGUUUUUCAUCCCUGUAAGGCCGGAUAAGAGUGUGGUAGAGAGUCAGGUGAUGCAGAAGCAUGAAUUUGUGGAGCAGCGGAGAGCGGCGUUGGAGAAGUACUUGCAGAGGCUGGCAGCACAUCCAGUGAUUCGGACCAGCGAGGAAUUGAGACUGUUUUUGGAGGUGCAGGGGAAACUGCCACUGGUGAGAACAACUGAUGCAGCAUCUAGGAUGCUGGGCGGGGCAGUGAAUCUGCCCCGGCAACUCUUGGGGGAGACAGGAGGAGUUGGAGCAGUGGAUGCGAAUGAGGUGGCACAGCCUGCCAAGGGAGGGAGAGACCUCUUGCGGAUUUUUAAGGAGUUGAAACAAUCAGUGACUAAUGAAUGGGUCGGGGUGAAGCCGGCUGUAGUGGAGGAGGAUAAGGAGUUCUUGGAAAAGAAAGACAGGUUGCAGGAUUUCGAACAGCAGCUCACGAAUGUGUCUCAGGAGGCAGAAACACUUGUGAAAGCUCAGCAAGACAUUGGAGAAACAAUGGGGCAACUGGGCCUAGCUUUUGUUAAAUUAACUAAGUUUGAGACGGAGGAAGCCAUUUUUGACUCUCAAAGAAAAAGAGCUACGGACAUGAAAAAUGUGGCAACUGCUUCUGUUAAAGCAAGCAGAUUGUAUAGAGAAUUAAAUGCCCAGACGGUUAAACAUUUGGAUAAGCUCCAUGAAUACCUUGGUAUGAUGUUGGCUGUCAACAAUGCAUUCUCAGAUCGCUCUAGUGCUUUAUUGACAGUACAAACACUGUUGUCAGAGGUUUCGGCAUUAAAUUCCAAGAUUGAAAAACUUGAAGCUGCUUCUUCUAAGAUAUUUGGUGGGGACAGGUCUAGAAUUCGGAAAAUUGAAGAGCUGAGAGAAACUGUUAGAGUCACUGAGGAUGCCAAGAAUUGUGCUGUCAGAGAAUAUGAGCGGAUCAAGGAAAACAAUAAGAAUGAGGUAGAGAGAUUAGACAAGCAGAGGCACGAUGAUUUCUUGAGCAUGUUGAGAGGAUUUAUUGUUAAUCAGGCAGGAUAUGCGGAGAAGAUUGCUAAUGUAUGGGAAACGGUUGCAGAUGAAACAAGCAGAUAUGCUAAACAUGAUAGCUGAAGAGUUAGAUUAUAUUCACUGUUUUCUUAGCUUUUGGUUUCUGUUGUCAUCUCUGGACUUCAAUUGUGUAGACCGUACUGGAUUGUUGAUACAGAGCAGGAGAGUCAACAUUCUUGUUGAAGGUUGAAAUUGUAAAAUUGUGAGAUUCUGAGAUAUAAGAUGUGGAUAUGGUGCAAAUUUACGAUUGAUUUUCGUGUGUCUACUGUCUUGACGCUUGGGCCAUUAUUUAAUGUUAUAGACAUUCCACUGUUUCAAUCUCAAA